AAAUUUAAAUAGCUACCAUCUAGUAUAUAUGGGACUUGGGCAAAAAGAAUAGUUCUUCUUCUUCGAUUGAACAGCGUGCAUAAUUUUAAUAAACUUGUUAUUUAUUUGUUUACAUUAAAUAAUAUUGUUCGUGAAAAUAUAUACAAUGAUCGAGUAUUUAUUCAGCCAAAAUAUUAAUUUAAGUAAACUUCGUACAGAAAUUAAGGAAUAACAGUUGAUAUUCUUUUUUACAAAAAAGAAAAAGCAUUUAUAAUUUAGAACUUGUGACAUUUGCGACUUAACCGUAUUUAACCAAUUUUCUUUAAAAUAUAUAAAACGAAAAGAAUUGACUUGGACGUACAAUUCCAAAUGACAUUGGGGCUUUUAAGGAGUUCAUUAAAUCGGGCGAUGUUUUUCUAAUACGUAUAAAUCUGAGCUAACGUGUGAAAUUGUUUAUUUUUUACGUAAUACGUAAUACAAGACGCCAGAAAGUUCCCUUCUAACUACAUUAGGAGAGGGUAGAAAUUGAAGCUGUAAUUAUUAUAAUUCACUGCUAGAAUUUGAUAUUUUGAUGUCAGAUCAUCAUUAAUUAAUCUUGUAAUGAUUUAAUUUACUUCAAUUUGUUUGUUUACUAAUUUUGGUGAAAUUGUUAUUUAAACGGAGAAAAAGUUAACAACACAUUUAUCACAUUUCUGCAGCCUUUGUUUAAAAUUUAUUCGAAAUAUAUGGCUUCUAAUGCUAAAGUUGGAGAGAUUGUCCUUAUAGUCGCUGUGUCCAUUUUCUUGUAUUAUUUUUUCUGGGUGUCAAUUUUGCCCUUCAUGCUAAUAGACGAAGGCAACUUGAUACAUUCGUUCUUUCCUCCAUUGGAGUACGCUUUUAUAUUGCCUGCCGUAUUUGGUGUAAUAUUUCUGGGUGGAAUUGUCGUCUUUACCCUCUAUCAUAUAUGGGAUUUUAUUAAGACGAAAAACGCAAAUUGAAUAGUCUCAUGA